UCGGAAAGGACAGACAUUGUAUUUAAUAUUUUUCAGGCCAGUUUUGGCUUGUCAACUAGUACAUCGUUCCGAUGCCUUCGCAUAGCAUAAAGGAGUGUGUCAAUAUUUCCAAUCAAAACCAUAAACUCGAGGUCUUCAUCCACAUCAAUUCCCUUCUCGAUACCUCGUCACCAGUCAGGCUCAUAUUCACCAUUCGUCGCUUUCUCAUACCCAAUCCUAAAUCGUCUGUCACUGAGACUGGUUCGGAGCCAAGAUUGGACCUGGAAGCUAGUGGCCUAGUAGCCCUUGCCCCAGCCCUUGUCGUGGCCUUUGCCGUGGCCCUUGCCGUGGCCCUUGCCGUGGUCCUUCCAAUGGUCCUUGCCGUGGCCCUUGUCGUCCCCAUAAUCCUUGCCACGGCGAUCUUUGUUGUAGCCUUUGUCUCCGCCCUUGUCGUUCCCAUAACCUCCAUGGCCCUUGCUCUUGUCGUCCCCAUAACCUCCAUGGCCCUUGCUCUUGUCGUCCCCAUAACCUCCAUAAUCAUUGCCACGGCGAUAUUUGUUGUAGUAGCCUUUGUCUCCGCCCUUGGAAGGAUAGCCGUACUUGUCGUCGUACUUGUCGUCGUCAUCGUCGUCAUCUCCCUUGCCCUUAUGCUUCCCACCCUUGUCACCGUAGCUACCGUAUCCGCCCUUGGGAGGAUGAUGAUCGCCGUACUUUGCUGGAGCACCUGGCUCAGCCUCAGGGGCAGGGGCUGCCAGAAUGGCCGGGGCAGCAGCGGCGAUGAGGGCGAUGAGGGAAAGCUUCAUUUUGAGGUCAAAUGGGUGAGAGGAUGUUUGAAGAAGUAGGAAUUGCAAAGGGUUCGUUCAAGAGGUAUACCAAGAGAAGAUCGCGGUUGUCAGGAGAAGUCAAACUUGAUUCAAUCUGUAUGAACUGGGAGAUAG